CUUUAGACAUCUGUUAAAAUGUCGGAAAGGGGUGAAAAAAAGCAACCGGAAAAUAUUAACGAGAUAGAUGGAAAUAACGAAGGUGCACCGACAACAAAAAGUUCGAAGAAACGGAACAAACACAAAAAGAAACACCAUGAGAAUAAGGAAGAGAAUAACACUGAAGUCACUCAAGACGAAAGCAAUCUCUUGUCGAAUCUAUCCACACCUAUUAGUACAAUAUCUAUCAAAGACUUGAAGGCCGCGAUGGAGGUCUUUUCUCUGUCGCAGAAGCCAGCUAAAACCCCAGAGGAGGCCCUAAAGAAGUCCUACCAGUUCUGGAACACACAACCUGUGCCUCGAAUGGAUGAAAAGAUAACGGUGAACGAAGCCAUCGAACCGGAUAAAGAAAUCUCGGAAAUUAGAGCGGAACCUUACAGUUUACCUGACGGUUUCGUGUGGGAUACCCUUAACUUAGACGAACCUCUAGUCCUUAAAGAGUUGUACACUCUUCUUAAUGAGAAUUAUGUUGAAGAUGACGACUGUAUGUUUAGAUUCGAUUACCAGCCAGAGUUCUUGAAAUGGGCCCUCCAGCCUCCUGGUUGGAAGAAGGAGUGGCACUGCGGAGUAAGAGUAGUGAAGAGCAGAAGGUUAGUGGGAUUUAUAUCUGCCAUACCAGCAACCCUUAAUAUUUAUAAAAAGAAACAACGUAUGGUAGAGAUAAACUUUCUGUGUGUCCAUAAGAAGUUGCGCUCGAAACGGGUAGCACCGGUCCUCAUCCGAGAGAUAACGCGACGGGUGCACCUCAACGGCCUAUUUCAAGCCGUCUAUACGGCGGGUAUAGUGUUGCCAAAGCCCGUCAGUACGUGCACGUACUGGCACAGGUCUUUGAACCCCAAGAAGCUGAUAGAAGUGAAGUUCUCCCACCUGUCCCGUAAUAUGACCAUGCAGAGGACUCUGAAGUUGUACAAGUUACCCGACAAACCAAAAACGCCCGGGUUUAGGAAAAUGACUGUCGCCGAUAUCCCGUUGGCCCACAAGCUGCUAGUAGAGUACCUAUCUCGGUUCGACUUGGCGCCGCUCUUCAGCGAAGAAGACUUUGUCCACUGGUUCAUGCCGCGGACGAACAUCAUCGACAGUUUCGUCGUGGAAAACGAGGGCCAGAUCACGGACUUCGUCAGCUACUACACCCUGCCGUCUACGGUGAUGCACCACCCGGUGCACAAAAACCUCAAGGCGGCUUACUCGUUCUACAACGUAUCGCAGGCCACCCCGUGGUGCACCCUGAUGACGGACGCGCUGAUCUCGGCCAAGCAACUGAACUUCGACGUCUUCAACGCUCUCGACCUGAUGGACAACGGGGAGUUCUUGGAGCAGUUGAAGUUUGGUAUAGGCGACGGGAAGUUGCAGUACUAUUUGUACAACUGGAAGUGUCCCAGCAUGCUGCCGAAUAAUAUCGGGUUGGUGUUGCAGUAGCCUGCGACGAGAGGUGGGGAACGUUUGUUAUAUAAGAGUAAUUAAUGUUUUUUAAAUUCAGAACACCAAGGGUAUGUCGUCUGGUAUGAUGGGUGGGGCGGGGGCAAGGUGUCGACUCGGUUUUUGUAGGUCCCGCGUUUUGCUGGGAAAGGUCAAAACGGACGAAAAUGCGUCUGGUUUUUUUAAUUUUGAUUUUACGAAAAUUAACCAAUCAAAUUAUAGUUUAUUUCCGAUAUUGAUACAGUACAAUUGAGAAUUGUCAGAAACUGAUAAUUUAAUAACUGUGAAAUAUUUUUGAUGAUUUCUGUGAUAUAAAUUGUGUUUUCUAAAAAACGGUUUAGAUUUCCUGAAAUAUAAUUGAAUUUUUUGAAAUCAAGUUGCCCAAUACUGAAAAUUAAUUACAGGGUGAAUACUAGUCUAGAAACCUUUUUCCUUCACUUCAUCUUUAAUCAAAAUUUCGUCAAAAUGGACAGUGACCUACUUGUUUUUAUUUUAGAUUUAACGACUUUAAAAUUCGGGGGAAGUAACCGAGUCAUUUUCCGUUUCAUCAUCCCCACGCUCCGAUAACCCACGGCAGCGAGGUUUCGAGUAAAUUCGUAUAUGUUGUAACACCAAAUUUAGCUACUCUGUAUAUCAAAUAAUUAUAUUUUUAGGUAUAACGUUACCUAACAUUUAUUCCAAGGUACUUGUCGGCGACGGGCGGAUCUCUCCGGUAGGUAUUAUAAUUUUCGCGGCUGUAUAGAAAAAGGUUAUUUAACAUUUUUUAAGUGGCGGAUCUCGCUCGACGUCGACGAAGUUAGCUUACGGUUAUAUUUUAAUCCUCAAUAUUUAUCCAAAAAAGUGUGACAUGCCUUUUAGUAUCAAUUAUAUUUUGAUAGUUCAUUGUCUAAGGUAAUGAGUCGGCGGACGGGGACGUUGGCUGACGUGUAUGAUUUUGUAUUAUCUUUUUGUUAUCAAUAAAAAUUUAGAUGUU